AUGCCGCCGACCUUCAACCCGGGGAGCGGAAGCCACGACUUCAUCAGGCUUGUGGAGCGAACCACCAAUGCCUUGGUAACGAAAGAUGAUGGUGCAUUGGAGGAGGUCAAGAAGGCCUUGAUCCAAGUGCAUCAGCAGUACGACCAAGUGCACGAGGAGUCGGAGACGAAACAGGCGCGGCUAAAUCGACUCCGGGAGGAGAUCCGGACUGCAGACCAGCAGCACUUCAACAAGGGUGACUGGACCAAGAAGAUGGACGAGACCUGGAACGUUCUCUCAGAACAGUACAUAGAGGUCAUGAAGAAGAAUAAGGAAGCAUUGACCAGCCGGAAAGUUUACGAGCACAUGCUGAAGCGGACUCAGCGUGAGCAAGCAAUCCUAAAGCAGAAGCUCUUUCAGAUGGAGGAGCACUUGGAUAGGAAGAAGCGCGAGUUGCAGCAGAAGCGAUCCGACAGCGAGCAAGCCAGGUGUGCGAAAGUUCAGAUCCACAAGACUCUUGAGUCGUACAGCGAGGAGGCAAGCAUGGAACGCGAAGUCCGCAAGUCUGCACUAGAGGCCAUCGGCGGCGAAUUGGAGAAAAGAAAGGAUGCUAACGGCAGGCGUGCCGAUUUCAACAGCUGGCGGCAUGAGGUCGCCUUAGAUGCGGCAAACGAAGCAUUCAAUGCCUCAGCUGGCCGACUGCGGAAGCUCUACGCCAUCGAAAAGCUUUCCGGGAAUUUCCUGCAGAAGACUACCUUCGAGCAGGUGGAAAGGUCACAGACGACUGAAGACAAUUUCCAGAAGAUUCGGGACGUCACGGGUCUUGCAGAUGUCAUGGACAUCGUCCACAAAUUCUUGAACCGUGAUGUUGAGCAGGAGCAGUUGAAAGCAUCCGUGAAGGAGGCCGAAGUCAACCUGGAGGUGCUGAGACAAAAGCAUGAGAAGCUCAAGCAAGAGAUGGAAGGUCUGCCAGUUGAUCACACAAACGACCCAAUGGCCCUGCACAAGGAGCUGGAACAAGCUGAGCAGAAGCUAAACGAAGCCAUAGAAGAGCAGGAGGCUUGCAGAGUCCGCCUGCAGAAGACGACGUUGCAGUCCGAGCACAUGAAACGCUGGGCUGCAAGAAUGGGUAACGUGCUCGCCAAGUUCGAAGACCCAGCAAAGGUUGAUGCCCCUGCCGACUUGCCCGUCUUCUUUAAGAAGUUUGAAGUUGCCGUGAAGAAGUUCAUCAAGCGGGUGUCGGAUCAGAUCAGUGCCGGGAAGAUCAACAGGAAGAUCUUACGGGAUUUCGAGAAGAUCGAGAAUGAGGCACAGAAAGGCCUCCUUUCCGACCACAAUUUCUUGACUUCAAACUGCAGAGCGCAGGCGACCGAUGGCCAAGGCAGGCCGACUUCGCGUCAAGGUGCUGGCGAUGGAGCGGAAGAUGACCCGCCGACCAACUUUGCCGAAGAUCGUGAGAAGUGCAAGAAUGAGUCCUUUGACUACAUGGCUCUUGCCUUAGCAUGCGGGAGGAUUGCCGUAUUGCUGCUGUUCGACUUGCCGGUCGUGAGCCCACAGAAAAGCUGGACAGGUCCUAGGCGUUUCACUUUAGCCAGCAAGUCCUUUGGCUUCAUGAAGGCUCCAAAGGUUCGCUGCGCUCUCACCACUGGCCCGAAUUGUGGCUGCGUGGAAAAGGCGAGAAGCACCAGGGGAUUAGCGGGCCUUGAGCCCGUCACCGAUGAGCUCUUGCUCCCGGAGUGGAUGAUGCUGAGCAAGCUGCUUGAACUGGAUGUUGAGGAGGCUGAAGGCAGCUUCGAGCACUGGGAGAUCAAGAAAAGCAACGAGUUUUGCAAGGCUUGUGGCAGUAAGUUUAUGCCAGAUGCCAACUUCUGCCGGAAUUGUGGCAAAAAGCGACCGAAGCUGGCCGAGCUAAAGGCAGACCGAAGUGCCAAGGUGCCCUUAGCUGCUUUCUUGGAUGAGCAUGGCAUCAAGCAGUCGGACCGAGACUCCUUGGAGCACGUCCAGGCCAUGUUGGUGGUGGCUCGCGAAAAGCUGGCAAAUGGCGAGAGCUACCAGGACCAUGCAACCGAAAGCGCCCUGCUAGUUGCAAUCUCGCAGGUGCUGUGGGGCCUCUCUCAGCAACGCAAACCUGCUGAGAGGGCCUGGGAAGUGGUGGAAGAUGGAACAGUUGUUCUCUCCACGGCAGGCAGGAGGGCCAUUGAGCGACUCCGCCAGCGGCCGAAUGAUCUCGUGGAGAAGGUCAAGGAGGCCAACAUUCAGCCGCCUUUGCUUCCCAGCCAUGCUGGACGUCAGGGGAACCGCGAAAAUUGCGCUACAAGCGUGGAAGCUAUUGUGGAGAAAUGCAACAAGGCUGGCAUCAAGUACGCCGACCCAGGAUGGAACAUGUGCCAGGAUGCUGCGAAGGUGUUGUACGUGGAUGCUCAUCAGCGAGGUUAUGACUGCACAGUGGCAAAGCCAGCUGCGUACAAGCGCCUCACAGAGAUCAUCGACGAACCAGUCCUCUUCAAGGGAGGAGUCAGGCCCGCAGAUAUCAUUCAAGGGCAGAUCGGGACCUGCUUCUUCUUGGGAGCUCUGGGCGCCAUGGUGGGCGAAGAUCCUGAGAACGUCCGAUCUUGCUUCUUGGAGCACGACAUCGACGUGGGGGUGUAUGGCGUUAGGUUCUUCUUGGAUGGCGAGUGGUACCACACCAUCAUUGAUGAUUGGAUGCCUGUGGAUCAGUACGGUCGAUUGCUGUAUGCCAAGAGCUACGAUCACGAUGAAGUGUGGGUGCCCCUGCUUGAGAAGGCAUUCUGCAAGUUGCAUACCUGCUAUGAGAUGUGCGACGGCGGCCUGCCUGGCGAGGCUGUUUCAGCACUCUUUGGAGGUGCCAUGGGAAAGUUUAAGAUCAAGGAGAAGACAAGGUACAAGCCUUUGGCCGCCAAUGUCUACUAUGAGACCCUCCACGCUGCGCAUUCCGAGGGGUGGGUCUUGUCCACAACCUUCACCAAGUCAAGAGUUGCAGGAGGAAAGGCUGGGCAAGGGAAGUGUGGAGAGGGCAUCACCAACGAUGGCCUUGUCCAUGGCCACGUAUACUCAGUUCUGCGCGUUGUGGAAGCUUGUGGAAACAAGCUCGUUUGCUGUCGAAAUCCCUGGGGACAGGGCGAAUGGAAGGGCAAGUGGUCCGAUGCGAACGCAUUUGGUGAAUGGACACCAGAGAUGAAGGCGGCCACGAACUACAAAGGCGGGGAGGAUGGCACCUUCUGGAUGAGCAUCGAGGACUUCCUUGCAACAUCGGGAGGGGUUCACUACUCGCGUCCGUUCGGAUGCAAGUGGAAGCAACUGUCACAGUACUCCUACUUCCAGACGGGUAAGAUGCAGGCUACGGCCAUGUGGACAUACAAGGCUAGGGCAUCAGAUGAAAUCGGCUUCUCAAAAGGCGACCAAGUCCAUGUGGCGCGUAUUGCGCCUGGAUGGUGGUCUGGGUCUGUGCGAGGAUCCACGGGCUUUUCAGGCUUCUUCCCUGGCAACUAUGUCAAAUUAGAUGCUCGUCCCAUCUCGCGAUUUGACUUGGACAGCACGGAAAAACAAGACGCCAAGGACACAAUGACAGCAGUGGUGAUGCUGAUUCAGCCACUGGCACACCGUCAGCGUCGCUACUACAAGCGCAAGCAGGACGGCCUCAACUACAAGGACACGAGCUACCCGCGAGUUAUGCUGCUGGUGGUAGGUCCUGAUGGAAGAGCUGAGCUCAAGAAGGAGGGCAAGAAUCGAGAGCUCAGCGGGGAGAUCGAGCUUCGUGGAGGCCACGGUGUGUGGAAGGUCUAUGCAACCUGCAUGGAAGGCGGUGGAACCCCAUUUACGGUCAGAGCAUACAUCAAAGAUGGCACUGCGACCCUGACCGAAGUUCCAGGUGCAAAGUUGUCUGAGAUAAGUGAUUAUGUGUGA